AGGAGGGGAGGGGAGGGGUAAACGCGGCGGAUGAACAGACGCAGACGCUUCUCUACUGCUGGCGAUCGGAUUAAUUCGGCACUGAAAAAUGAAUGGUCCAGGCUCAGACAGCAAUUCUGACGACACUGACGAUGAAGUUGAUACGGAAGAAGAAGAUGUUUAUAGACGGAAAUAUCAGCUUUUAUUGGAAAGAUGUGAAGUGCUCCAGCAGGACAACGAACGUCUUGUUCAUAGAAAUCAGCAAGUGAAGAAGCUCCUUCGCAGGAGUAGAAAAGAGCGCAAGAUUUUAAUGGAGCGGCUUGACACUCAUGGUGAUAACUGGAGAAAUGUACCAAUUACUUUUGAACGAGAAGAAAUUUCUACACUCCAGCAACCAGUGAAACGAGAGAAAAAUUCUGCCGCUGCCUCAGGAGGGAAAGCUUCUGGAGCUGCAGGAAAAAACCAAGCAGCAGGAGAGAAGGUACGCAAAGGUGCAAAUAACAAUGCAUCGGGUACACCUAAUUCCGGUCCCACUAAAAGGAAAAAUAGUAAAGGGGACAAACCAGAGAGGGACCCCAAUGCCCCAAAACGACCUGCCAAUCCGUUCCUCCAGUUCUGUCAAGAACAAAGACCGCUGGCUGUAUCUGCAUCUGCAGCAGCAGGUGCUAAUGGUGAGGGAGAGUCAAAGCAGGAAAUCACCAGGCAGCUGGCAAGCAAGUGGAAUACACUGCCUCCUCAAGAUAAAAAGAUUUACUAUGAUAUGUAUGAGAAGUCAAAAGAAAAAUAUGCCGAAGAAAUGAAAUUAUACAGUGCUAACAAUAGAGCUAAGACUCCAAGUGACGAUAACCCUAGCUGAUGUUGUUUGAUGUUAGAUUGGCAUCUACUGCAACUCUGUGAUACUUCAAUUUGUGUUCAGUUCAUGGUGAACUCACACUAAAGCACCAAAAUCCUAGAGUGUUUGGAAGAUAUAUUUUUUUCCAAUUUGGAAUGUUGUACUUUAGUUUAUGUAUUUCUAUUGCUCAUUAACGUAUAUCUUAUCAUGUAAGGGGCAGAGUUAUGAUGUAUGUAGCAAUGAACAAACUGUGCAUAGUAAACAUGUGUUUUGUCUGAA